AUAUAGGAAAUGUAGUAUAUAUGACUAAAAAUUAUAUUUUUGAACUACUGUUUUCAUAUGUUAAUUUUUAUCGUAUUCUUUAAUUUUAUAAUUUCUCUUUUAUUUCUUCCAUAACCUCAAACUUAACCAUCAAUAUGGGAAAAGCGAAAAAGCUUAAAAAAAACGCAAAUGAUGACGAAUUAGAUAGUGAUAUUGAUACUACUGAUGCUGCAGUUAAAGAAACAACAAAGGGAAAAACUAAAUCUAAACCACAAGAAAAAAUUAUAGACUCAGAUAAUGAAGAUACAGGCAAAAAGAAAAAAUCUUCAAAGAAAGACAAAAAGAAAAAGGUAGUUGACAAUGAUAGUGAUGUUGAUGACAUCACUAAUGAGAUUGAUGAUUUAAAUAUUCACAAAGAAAUUGAGAAACCGAAGGCUAAGAAGCCUGAUAUAAAGAAAGGAGGAUUUGCUCUUUUAGCUGUAGAAGAUUCAGCAGAAUCAGCGCCAAGUGACAAUGAAAUUUCUGAAUCUACUACUAAUACUUCAUCGAAAAAUAAAAAAGCUAAUAAAAAGAUAGAUAGAAGUGAUAGUAUUGAAGAUAAUAAGCCAAAACCUGAUGGUGGUAAAAAAAGCAAAAAGUCUAAAAAGAAACGAAAUGAUAGUGAAGAAGAUAUAGAGAAAGUUUUAGCUGAACUAGAACUUGAAUAUUCCGGUGUCAAAAAGGAUGUUAAAGAAGAAGAAAAUGUGGGAAAAGUAGAGAAAGUAGCUCAGGUAGAAAAGCAAGCCAAACCAAGCAUUAAAACUGAAAUUAAAGAUCAAAGUGAAGUAAAAGAUGAUACAAAUGAAGAGUCUGGAGGAACGGUUAAAACUGCAGCUCAGAAGAAGAAAGAAAAAAAAGAGCGUGAAAAGCAGAAAAAAUUGCAGAUGAAGCAAAAGGAAGUUAAACCUGUAAAUACUGACCAAUCUACAAAAUCAGCAGAAGAAAGUAGUAAGCAACAAGUUGAAACAGUAGCGGGGGAUGAUGAUGAAAAUAAACAAGAUGAUGCAGAAGAAGAUGAUGAUAAAAAGAAAAAAAAGAAGAAAGGUGCAAAAGCAGCUGAGGAUGCGAAGGCAGCGGGCAAAGGACCAGGCAAAAAAACAAUUGCAGCAAUGCAAGAUGCUUUGAAAAAACUCCGAGAAGAACAAGAAAAAUUGCAAAGAGAAGAAGAAGAAAGGAUUCGCAAGGAAGAGGAAGCUGAAGCUGCUAGAUUAGAACAAAUUAGGUUGGAACAAGAGCGGAAAGAAAAAAAAAAGAAAAAGGAAAAGGAACGUAAAGAACGUUUAAAAGCUGAAGGCAAACUACUUUCUGCAAAACAAAAAGCAGAUAAAGCUAGAGCCCAAGCAAUGCUUGAAUCUCUUAAGGCAAGGGGACUAGAAAUGCCUGAAGUGGGAGAGAAGAAACCUAGACUUGGAACAAGAAUUCGACCUAAUAAAUCUAAACAGCAAGGUAAUAAGGAAUCUACGGAAGUGCAAUCUCAAGUUGAUGCUGAUAAAGUAGGCGAACAACCAGCAGAGAAUGUGGUUGAGCAAAGUGCCGAAACAAAAGCUAUUGCCGAAGAAGAUGAUGUUAAGGAUGCAUGGGAUGCUGAUUCAAGCAGUGAAGAGGAAAGCACAACUGAAACACCAGCAGUAACUGCAAAGUCUGAAACAAAAGUGGAUCAAUCUGCAGAAAGUAAAAAGGAAGAAACUUCUUCAGAAGAAGAGUCUGAAGAAGAAAGUGAUUCUGAGUCAGAAUCUGAAAGUAGCGAAGACAGUGAUAAUAGAACUGAUGCAGAAAAGAAACGAGAAAAGGCUCUCCAGAGAAUACAAAAACGCAGAAUUGAUGCAGAACAGAAUAAAUCAUUAGACAAACUGAGAGCUGCGGUGGUUUGUGUGUUGGGACAUGUAGAUACUGGAAAAACAAAAAUUCUUGACAAAUUACGUCGCACAAAUGUGCAAGAUGGUGAAGCUGGUGGUAUUACUCAACAAAUUGGUGCUACAAAUGUUCCAAUAGAAAACAUAAAGGAGCAAGUUAAAAUUGUUAAAGGGAUAUCAGAUACUGUAUUCAAAAUUCCUGGUUUACUGAUUAUUGACACACCUGGUCACGAAUCUUUCAGCAAUCUGAGAAGUCGAGGUUCUUCUUUGUGUGAUAUUGCUAUCUUGGUUGUUGACAUUAUGCACGGUUUGGAACCACAAACUUUAGAAUCUAUUAACUUAUUAAAAACUAAGAAAACUCCGUUUAUUGUUGCAUUGAACAAAAUUGACAGAUUGUAUGAUUGGUCAACUAUGGCUAGGAAAGAUGUACGAGACGUUCUCAAAGCCCAAGCACCGAAUACACAAUUAGAAUUUGAACAAAGAACUAAAGAAAUCAUAGUUCAAUUUGCUGAGCAAGGUUUAAAUGCAGCUCUAUUUCAUGAAAACCCUGACCCAAGAAGUUACGUUUCUUUAGUUCCAACUUCUGCCAUAACUGGAGAAGGAAUGGGUAAUCUCUUAGCCUUAAUUGUUGAUUCAUGCCAGAAUAUGUUAGCAAAACGCUUGAUGUUUAGUGAAGAUUUGCAAGCUACAGUAUUAGAGGUUAAAGCGAUACCUGGGCAUGGUACAACCAUUGAUGCAAUUUUAAUAAAUGGAACUUUAAGAGAAGGAGAUACGAUUAUUUUAGCUGGUACUGAUGGACCCAUAGUUACACAAAUUAGAUCAUUACUAAUGCCACAACCAAUGAAGGAACUCAGAGUUAAAAAUGCUUAUAUUGAACACAAAGAAGUAGUUGCUGCACAAGGUGUAAAGAUAGCUGCAAAAGAAUUGGAAAAAGCAAUUGCAGGUUUAAAUUUACAAGUUGCACAAAAGCCAGAUGAAAUUGACAUAUUUAGAGAUGAGGUAGCUAAAGAACUGAAAAGUGCUUUAAGUGGCAUCAAGUUGCAAGAAAGAGGUGUUUAUGUGCAAGCAAGUACAUUAGGAUCUUUAGAAGCCUUAUUGGAGUUCCUUAAAGUCAGCAAAAUUCCGGUAAGUUCUUUUAUAGUGAAUUUUACAUGUAUAUAA